AUGGCGCCGCGUCGAAAGCCAAACAUCAGAAAGGUUGGGCCGCAACCUUCAGUGCGACACGGCCAAGGGAAGCGGCCACGAGGAAUCGAGAAAGACCAAGUGCAGAAACUGGUUCGCAAAAGUGUGUGUCUGGAACAAUUACAAGACCGAGCUGUAUCCAAGGACAGGAGAACCGAACAAAGACAGCCAUCCCCCUCUUCAGCAAGCAACCUUCCAAUUAAGCCCCUCCAAAAGGCACAAACCUUUCCGCAAGACAGAAACCAAAACGGAAACAGCCACAAGAAGUCAAAGAUCGACUUCAAAAUCCAGAACGAAGCCAAGGUCAUUAUGGAUAUUGGACAGUUAAUUGUUCCUUCCGCGGAGACUCUGGCUCUUUAUGGGGCUACCAACCUCGACAUCUUGAUUGAAGGUUUCAAUGAGGCCUGGAACAAAUGCAUUCCAUUUUACGGUCCCUGUCCGCAGCCUGAUUAUUGCGUGGGAUUCAGGCAGUCUGCAUUCACACACGGCCAACUUGAAAAGCUCCAGCCUUUCAUAGGCAGUUGGACUCAUACUUCCUUACUUAUGGCAACAGACACCAUGUAUUUUCCGUUUCUGGCAUGCGAGGUGAAAUGCGGUGAGGUUGCGCUUGAGGUAGCGGACCGGCAGAACGCCCACAGCAUGACCGUAGCGGUGAGAGUGAGGAUCUACGGCCACUAUGCCCUAGUCAAAGAAAAGCAGACUACCUUCUACCGCCGCCCGAUUCGCAAGUUUGAUUUCACAGAACAAGAUGGCAAAGAGAGAUGGACAGCAUACAAAUUCACCAGGAACAUCUACGAUAUAUGGAUACCAACCCACUUGAAAAGAAUACACUCGGCAGUUGGUCAGAUACCCCCUGGGCUGGAUCUUGAUGUCUCCCAGGCGGGACUUCAGUUCUCUCGGCGGUCAAAUGCUGAAUCCUUUGAGGAUGACGACCGCCAAUCAAGCUUCAUCGGUUCAGCAGAUAUCACCCCAUCUACCUCCUUCACUCAGGUGCCUGAGCAGCCACCCAAGCAAUUCAAAAAGCCAAGGAAGAAGUAG